CUAGUAAGUAAGCCGACCAGUAGAAAACAAAUUAAUUAAUCAAUUGAUGAAUUUUCUGCAAAAGCAUUAAGUAAAUCAAUUCCAAUUCAGACUGUUCUCCAACGUCCCCAGUUGCCGACCAUUGACUUAAAUGAUAGGAAAUGAUGCGCAAGGUGAUCAGUACUAGUGAAGUGAGGAAAUAAUAAUUGCUCUUCCUGUCCCCAACUUUUCGAGGUGACGAUUAGAAAAUCGAUAUAGUUACGAUUGUUUCGUUUACUUCUACUUAUCCUUAUUACCCAGCUCAAUUGAGUAUAUAUACACUGGUAACGGUGCACUAUCCAUCAUCAAACACACGAUUGUUUCGAUAGGUUGAAGAAGCAAAAGUUCUACUUUCAAUCCACUAUGGCUUUCAAAUUCAUUGCACUCCUGGCACUCCUUGCCUUUGCCACAGCCAGCUACAUCCCAGGCUAUUCCGCCGGCCUUCCGCACGCUGGAUUGCCGCUCGGUUACGGAUCACCCCUGCCGUACGGUUCGGUACUGUCUGCGCCGCACGCUGUCGUGCCGCUAGCUCAAGCAUCCCAUCUGCACGUGCAAACGCCCGCACUGAAUAACUUUAUCUAUCCGGUGUCCCACCUGGCGGUGCCUGGCGGUAAAACUACGCUUACCAAAACGUUCGUCUCCACUCCCACGUACGUCACUAGCCAUGUGUCGGAGCGAGUGCACACGGACGAACCGGUGAAGCCGGUCGCGGCGCCUGUUUACGCGUACGGCAAGAAUGUGAUCGGCGCUGUAGCACCCCUGGCGUACCCCGAACAUGCGUACCAUGGUGUGCCGAACGGUGCGUACGGUGUUGGCUAUUACGGACACGUGUAUUGAUUUUGUACUCUUCCAACCGUUUGUGAAUAAAUUGAUUGUUUGAUUGGGUUUAAAUUAAAACGUUACUGGAAUGA